AUGAGGACUUUUGGAGUUCUCUUUCUCACUGUUAUUCUCUAUGCUUUUCUUCUCAUGGAUUUCUGCGCAGCCCAGAUGCCAGGUUUUGUGAGUAUCAAUUGUGGCGGUACGGAUAAUUUUACUGACGAGCUAGGCCUUGAAUGGAGUCAUGACACUUACAUGUUAAACGGACAAGUGGCCAACAUAUCUGUAGCCAACGAGACCAGACAACAGUACCGAACACUAAGAUAUUUCCCAGCAGAUGACUAUAAAUAUUGCUACACACUAAAUGUUAUUAGUCGAACCAGGUAUCUUAUAAGGGCUACUUUCUUGUAUGGGGACUUUGAUAACAACAAUGUGUAUCCCAAGUUCGAUAUCUCGUUUGGACCAACACAUUGGGCCACAAUAGUGAUUUCAGAUGCUAACACAAUAGAGAGUGAGGAGUUGAUUUUCUUGGCUUCGGAUCCUACCAUGAGCGUUUGUUUGUCAAAUGCUACAACUGGAGUGCCUUUUAUAUCGACUCUCGAGCUCAGGCAGUUUAAUGGCUCAAUUUAUUUCAAUCAAUUUGAGAACCAGUACUUCCUUAGCGUGUCGGCAAGGAUAAACUUUGGUGCGGAGAGUGAUGCAUCUGUCAGUAAACUUUCGGGGAAGAAUUUGACAGGACCUAUUCCGGAAGAUUUGACAAAGUUGACUGAUCUAGUUGAGUUGUGGCUCGAUAAUAACUCGCUGAAUGGUUCAAUUCCUGAUUUUUCUGGAUGCCCCAACUUGAGAAUAAUACAUCUAGAGAAUAAUCAGUUGACCGGUGAUCUGCCUUCUUCAUUGGGAGGCCUUUCAAAUUUGAGAGAAUUGUAUGUUCAAAACAAUAGGCUAUCAGGAAAUGUCCCAUCUGGUCUUCUUAAUAGAGAUAUGAGUUUGAACUAUACUGGAAACCCGGGUCUUCACAACAAGGGCAAAAUAGAGAACCAUAAAAAAAUUAUACUAGGAACUUCAGUAGGAGCUGCUGUUCUGCUUAUUGCUACCGUUGCAGCUUUUUUCUUAUUGCCGAAAAGAAAGAAAAAUCCUAAACAAGGAAAAUUGCAACACGGUAUGUCUGUUCAAAAGCCCGUGUCUGAUAGUGCAACUGAAGCUGCACAUUACUUCUCAUUAUCUGAAAUCGAGGCUGCUACAAAUAACUUUGAGAGGAAAAUCGGUUCAGGUGGAUUUGGGGUUGUAUAUUAUGGGAGACUGAAAGACGGAAAGGAAAUUGCGGUCAAAAUAUUGACUAAUGAUUCUUUCCAGGGCAAGCGAGAAUUUUCAAAUGAGGUCUCUCUUCUUUCAAGAAUACAUCAUAGAAAUCUCGUACAGUUUCUUGGAUACUGCCAAGAAGACGGUAAAAGUAUUCUCGUUUAUGAGUUCAUGCACAAUGGGACUCUCAAGGAGCAUCUUUAUGGGCCCUUAACACAUGGAAGAGGUAUUAAUUGGAUGAAGCGCCUUGAAAUUGCUGCAGAUGCUGCAAAAGGAAUCGAGUACCUCCACACUGGCUGUGUCCCGUCGAUUAUCCAUAGAGAUUUGAAAACGAGUAAUAUUCUUCUCGACCAGAACAUGAGAGCUAAGGUUUCGGAUUUUGGCCUCUCGAAACUAGCAGUCGAUGGAGCUUCUCAUGUGUCGAGCAUAGUUCGAGGCACCGUUGGUUAUCUUGAUCCCGAGUAUUACAUCUCCCAACAAUUGACAGAUAAAAGCGACGUUUAUAGUUUCGGGGUCAUCCUUCUCGAGCUAAUUUCCGGUCAAGAAGCGAUUUCUAACGAAAGCUUUGGCCUCAACUGCAGAAACAUUGUCCAAUGGGCUAAAAUGCAUAUCGAGAGUGGGGACAUACAGGGAAUUAUAGACCCCACGCUGCACGAAUACGAUAUCCAAUCCAUGUGGAAAAUAGCCGAGAAAGCAUUGAUGUGCGUGCAGCCCCAUGGAAACAUGAGGCCCUCGAUUUCUGAGGUCAUAAAGGAGAUUCAAGAUGCAAUCACGAUUGAGAAAGGUACCGAAACUGUUAGGGAAGGAAGCUCGGACGAGAUUUCAAGGCAUUCGGUACACUCAUCUUUAAACACAGGGUCUAUGGAUAUGGGAGCCAGUGAUCAUUAUUUGUCCAUUGAUGAUUCUAUUGCGCGGCCUGCUGCUCGAUAGGACUGUGUAU